AUGCCGUCGAGCGGUAGGGAAGUGCAGCGUGCGAGCGAGUCGCGGAAAAAGCGCGACAAGCGUAGCUGGGAUUAUAUCCUACGCAGUGGCUUAGCUGGCGGCGUCGCGGGAUGUGCGGCCAAAACAGCCAUUGCCCCGCUGGACCGAGUCAAGAUUCUGUUCCAGGCGGCGAAUCCCGACUACCAAAAAUAUAGUGCGGUCAAGUACAUGGCGUACGAUGCCUUGCACCUCGCGCUCAUGCCCACCAUUCAGGACGAGACGAGCGCGCGCCUCUUUCUUGCAGGCUCACUCUCCGGCGUCCUGUCCGUCUUUCUUACCUACCCGUUGGAGCUAAUCCGCGUGCGCCUUGCGUUUGAUACCAAGACGCAUCCGCACAAAAACCUGCGCACGAUCAUUGCCACGAUCUAUCAUGAAGGCGCCACGGCGGUGGGGCCUCAAGGCAAGCCGGUCGAGGCGGUCGCGCCACAACUGCUGAACCGCUAUCCUGUGCUCAAGUUUUACCGCGGCUUUACCGCGACCGUGCUGGGCAUGAUCCCAUACGCAGGCACGUCGUUCCUGGUGUUUGGCCGGUGCAAGUCGCUGCUGUACCGCACGCUCCUUGGUCAAGAUACGCGCGGCAAGCCACUCGAAGAGUGGCAGGGACGCAAGCCGAUCGUCAGCCGCACGGUCGUCGACCUGACCGCCGGCGCGCUCGCGGGCGCAAUUUCCCAGGCAGUCUCGUAUCCUUUCGAGGUGAUCCGGCGGCGCCAGCAGGUCGGCGGCAUUUUGCGGCCGUCGAGCAUGCUGACGCUCCGCGAGACGAUCGCGUGGAUCUACCGCACGAAUGGCUUGCGUGGCUUCUAUAUCGGCCUGGGGAUCGGGUAUAUGAAAGUCGUACCGAUGACUGCCAUCAGCUUCGCCGUAUGGUCGGCCAUGAAGCGGCAGCUCGGCCUGUAA